CUGAAGUGGAAGUUUGAUGGAAGUCAUCCAUCACUUCCCGUCCAGUAUCUCAAGAGAUACCUGGGCUCCAGGUAGGCAUCAUACCUAGUCUUUACCCCUCUGGUACGCCGACAGGGCCGACUCUGUAUCUUUGCUGAUCGCUCCUGUCUCCCGUCUUUGGCGCCAAUCUGCGCUAGGAAAUCCCCUGUCAUUUAGCCCACUUCAAUUCCCUGCCAGGCCUGGCUUGGUCUCAAUGCAACCGAAGACCUACCAUAGGAAGGAACUCCCACAUCCAGUCUUUGCCUCUUGUCAAUCUCACCUUAACCACCUCCGACCUCAACUCUACUUUCAACCAUCAGUCCGGUUUGUCGAUCCCGUCACUCGUUCAUACAACCUUUAGUCACUCGCUGUCGGCCUUCUGUUCAUGCGUUUUUACCGUAACUACUUCACCCCUCAACAUCCAACGAUCCGCGAUCCCAUCAGCAAACAUCAAUGAGUUCGUAGCACGAGAGAUUCGCUUUGUUCGCGUGGCUACGGUAAUGACGACGGCGGCAUCAUUUCGACAGACACCGGCGACCUGGAACUGGAGUGCAAGGACGCUGAAAACAACGACGCCAUCGAGAUCGAGGCAAUCUCUGGGAUUUCCAGUCUGGGUGUUGCUCGCGCUGCUCAUCAUUCCCUCAUUUCUGUCUGCGGGCACCGCAACUGCACAAUGUGGAGCCGACUUUGUGUUCCCCACGGAGAACCUGCGAGUCUUCUCUCUCGACACCAUCAACGUCACCUAUACUUCAACCUUUGACAGGCCGAGUCUUUCCUGUUGGUGUGGCACUUCAACCGACAAGGAAAAGAAAUUCGCGGUUGAUCAUGCGACCCCAGGUAAUGGAACCACGCCCUUUCCAUUGAAUUUUUCUUCGACAUAUCCCUGCUGGCUCGAACUUCAAGCCGGUUCGGGCGACUGCAGAGUCGAAAGUUCCAAAUUCUUCAUUUCAAAGGACCGCGAUCCCGACCAUCGUCUUCCGGCCACCAUCGGCCCCAGCGCGACCGUCAUCGCAAUUGACGUUUCCUCUACCGCAAUCCCCGCAGGCCCUCCGCCACAUCCCGACGACCACUUUGCCCUCGGUGCUAGAAUCGCCCUGGGCGUUGGAAUCGCACUUGCUUGCUUCAGUGUGGGUGCCAUGGCCGCCUUCUUAUACUUUAGGCGCCGGAAGAAACAGCAGCAGGCCGAGCUGGCCAACGCCAUCGUCGCGAACGAGUAUAGACAGGGAAGGAAGGGUCCCGAGAAAAAGAUGUUUGGGGGAUUUUCGUCGUCGAAAACAUCGUCGGAUGGUCAUCUAUACGAUACAGUUCAGCCAGUAUUUGACGGAUAUCCUGGAUCAACAGGCUAUGAUGAUGUACGGUCAAACAAUUCCAGCGACAUAUACGGCCAUUCUCCUGUGAUGCCACAUUCGCCUUCAUGGUCAUACAAUCAAGGACCUUGGGGUCACGAUGCUGCAACAGGAGGUGCGUGGGAGAGAAGUACGGAGAGAGCAGGACUUGGAGGCGGGCUUGGGGUGACGGAAAAUUUGAGCAUCACCGGACGAGAACUCGAAGCUGCCCGCGCAAAGACUGUCCAGCCAAUUCCUACGUCAUACGGGCCGAACCCUGUCACUCCCACGCUAACGCCGCGGGCAAGCUCCAGGGGAGAACUUAAUGAACGCGCUGCUGCCGACUCGAUUUCCCUUGACAGCCGGCUUGGAGUACCCCCAAUGCCCUCAUUGCCCCAGUUAUCUGCGGCCUCCGCAGCACCUCUCGGUGGCUAUUACCCCGAUUACCACAACUACGAACAGUACACCACCCCUCCUCCAACCGAAGCUCCAACUUCAACACCACAUCUUCCUCUUCCUUCAGUUCCUACUACGCUCCCACGACCAAACCCAACAACCUCACAAACCCAACGGCCACAGCCCCCAUUAAUCGUCUCAUAUGGACCCAACCGAGUAACGCCCACUCCAGCUGUGACUUCGCCUACAGUGCCUCCCGACGAGUCUAUGAUUGAAAGACCACCUAGAGGAGUUGAAUUACAAGGCGAACCCGCAUCUCUGAUGGAAAGGAGACAUCCAUGGGAGGACAUUGAUCUCCCGAGCGCCAGUAAUAACGGUCCUUUACCACCAUACGCAUCGACAGAGGAGUACGCUGCAAUGGAAAGCGGCGCGAUCCGUAAGCUGGAGGAGCCAAGGGCGCAUGCUGAGCUGCCACCAACCAAAGAUGGCUACUAUCAUGCUACGUGGGAUAUUGUUGAGCACGAAUUGCCAGGUGACGGAUAUCAACGAGACCCUCUCUACCCGCAAGCAUCCGCGUCCGGACGUGGAAGGGAUAUCGAUGAGCAGAAAUUCUUGCUGGAUGAUGUUGAAAUGGCGCAUUUGAAGGCGCAGAAAGAACGAAUCCGCGCUGAAAUGAAGAAGAAGCAGAAGCAGAAGGAGACUUACCAGCAGGACCAGGGGCAUGACCAGGACUUCCUUGGAGCGUCGGCGAGCUUCUCCACACGGUAGCACGAGUGAUAAUGUGGCGGUCCAUGUGAAGAAAGUUACGUUGUGGGCAACUGAUGUUUUGGAGGCGAAGGUUUGAGGAUUAGCAUUAUACCAUUGGCAAGGUGUCUGGCGUUCAUUUUGGGUAUCGACGGGGUAGAUGACUCCUGUGUAGUAUCAUCAUAUAAUACGGGCUGAUACAUCUGCGUUGAGAAUAGCUGGACCAUAUGCCCCGCACAAGUAUAAAUAUAGUCCUACUGUAGUAAGGACAAGGUCCUCUGGCUCUAUAACAUGAACGCGUAUUCAAUUUCUUG